GACAGGAACAGAAACAUGGACGGAACCACGUGGCUCAGCCUUUGUCCUGGUAACGGACCCCUGCUUUGGAGGCAAAAUCACAGAUUGCUGCCAGCCCGCGGAAAAGGUGAUCUCAACCUGCAGAGGAGAGCGGAUGCGAAACUGUGGAAGAGCCACCAGCUCCAGCGCCUGGCUGAGAAGUUGCGGAGAGAGUGGCAGGAGUCGCGGUACCUGCAAGUCAGGGACCUGGACAGGCUGCAGUCAGCACGUCUGUUAGGCUGGGGAGGAGGACGGGCCACAGAAAAUAAGCCUGGCUGGGAGGGGCCCAUCCAGCCAAGAUCACCCAGGCCCCCGAGGGGCAAAGAGAAGCAGAAAACAGCCCUUAGCCAAAAGAGGAGCGGCAGGGAAGAGCUAGGCCAGCAACGACCCGGGCACACCAGGCCCCGGAAGAUGCCAGCGAGCCCAGAGAAGCCGCAGACUACAAAAGCCACAGAUCAGAUGCAUCCUCACGUGAGCCCGCCUGAGAGGAGAAAGGGAAGGCAAGAAUGUCCGGCUAAGUCUGGGGAUGGCCGCUGCGCCGUCCACCCUCGGGGCAACAGAGGGGCGGACCUAGAAUGGCAAAACCCACUCGUGGUGGCCGCGGGAGAGAUCAGGCGCGUGGAGGAAAAAGAGAACGGAACGGCCCAGGCAGGGAGGAGGCCGCCGGGGAAGGGGGCAGGUGGCUUCGUCCCAGGCCUGACCAGCUGCUCUCAGGGCCAGAGUGUGGAGGGGAGGUCGGCUGGUUCCAGCCCCGGAAGGGAAGCCGUGUCCCCAGCGUCUCAGUGCACGCUCCGGGAGAACAAGUGGCAGAAAGAGCUGGAGUUGGCCUUUGAAGAGCUGUUCAGUAUCAACAGACAGCUGAAAGAACACCUGCGCUGGUACCUGGCCCUGACGCCCGGGAUGGACCAGAGCCCUGGGGCACAGCAUGGCUUCUCAGAGACGCAAGAAUGGGGCGGGAGGGUCCCGAGAGAGAAGAUGGCACACACAGAGACGAUGCCCGCCAGGGAAUGCAGGAGCCUGGCAGAGGAGGAGGAGCGGCAGGCGGUGUCCAAGACCCACUUGAACACAUUAACGGGCAAGGUCCGGAACCAAAAAUGUCACCGCACAGUCAAGCCCACGUUUAGAAAUGGAAGUCAAACGUCUCCCAAGGCAGAGAUAUGUGUCCACAAAGUGGACUCAUUCUUGUACAGCACUGAAUCUGGGCAAGAGACCCCCAAACUGGGCACGCUGGCAGAGGGCCCCCUUCAGCUCCACCUUGAAGACCAGGCACACAGAGUAGGCUCUCAGAAAGCAGAGACGGAGCAGAGGAGACAGAAACAGCUGGAAUCGCUCGAACGAACGGAACACCCAGAUAGGAGCUUGGAAAUCCACGAGGCUGAGUUAGAAAAAGAGAGGAGAGAGCAAAGAGGAGCUGGACCGGCCCGUCUGAGGUCCCCGUCUGCGACAGCCCAGGAAAGGGAGAGCCAGUCUGAGCUCAGCACCACUUCCCUGUCGGGCACCAGCCUCACCGACGACCAGCACAGUCAGAUGAUCCGAGACCGGCAGCAGCAGAUUUUAGAGCAAAGCAAGUUGCACAAGCAGUUUCUUGCAGAAGCCAGGAAACGCUUGCGGGAGUUUCAGAACAUAUGUUAA